GGAUCAUAAGCCUCAGUCGCCAAAUUCGACGUAUACUGCAGGGUUCGAGGGCGAGGCUACUCCAAGACAGGGCUUACGUGAAACCUAACGAACAAUGACACAAUUGAAGAAAGUAUCUGAUGUCGCGGAGGAUACGUUUGGCCGAGCUGCCUUUCCCGAGGGUUUCUUGUUCGGAACCGCUUCUUCAGCUUUCCAGUAUGAAGGAGCUGUGGAGGAAGGGUCUCGGGGAGAGAGUAUUUGGGACAACUUUGUUCGCAUGUUUCCAGAAAGAAAUUGCUAUUCUAAUGCAGACGUGGCAGUCGAUUUUUAUAACCGUUACAAGGAAGAUAUCCAGCUAAUGAAGGAUAUGAACAUGGAUGCUUUUAGGUUCUCCAUUUCAUGGGUUCGGAUCUUACCUCAAGGAAAAAUAAGCAAAGGAGUCAACAACGAGGGCAUUGAAUAUUAUAAUAACCUCAUCAAUGAACUGUUAGACAAUGGAAUCACCCCUCUCGUGACAUUGUUCCACUGGGAUAUUCCUCAAGCCCUAGAAGAUGAAUACGGCGGCUUUUUAAGCGAAAAAGUUGUGGACGAUUUUCGGGAUUUUGCAAGCAUAUGCUUCGAGGAAUUCGGGGACAGAGUGAAGUUGUGGAUCACUAUAAACGAGCCAUGGGUUUACAGUACGGGUGGUUACGACAUGGGAAAAAAAGCACCAGGACGAGCUUCCAAGUACAUGAACAAGGCAUGCGAGGCUGGAUUUUCCGGCCGAGAGGUUUAUAUCGUCAGUCAUCAUCUCCUUCUGGCCCAUGCCAAUGCCGUUGAAGCCUUCAGGAACUGCCAUAAUUGCAAAGAUGGAAAGAUAGGAAUAGCGCAUUGCCCUCUGUGGUACGAACCUUAUGAUCAGAACUGUGACGAUGAUAAAGAAGCAGCAGAACGAGCCAUGGAGUUCAUGUUUGGAUGGCAUAUGGAUCCUACGGUGUACGGAGAUUAUCCAGAAGUUAUGAAGAAGAUAGUCGGAGAACGAUUGCCUUCCUUCACCGCAAGCCAAUCUCAGAAACUAACAGGAUCUUUUGAUUUCGUCGGAAUAAAUUAUUACAGCGCUGUUUACGUGAAAAACAUGGAUGAAACCGAUUCUGAGAAACCCAGUUGGAGAUCGGAUCAGCAUGUUGAAUGGAAGAAAUACAACAAGGAUGGAAAGCGCAUCGGAUCCCAGGGUGGUGUGGAGUGGUUGAUGUUGCACCCACAGGGGCUGAGGAAAGUUCUAAAUUACGCCAAGAACAAAUACGGGAACCCUAAGUUUAUAAUUUCCGAAAACGGAUAUUGCGAUGUAGGGUGCGACAAAAAACCGAAGCUCUUCAGCUUGAUGGAUAUACAGAGGACGGAGUACCACAAGAAGCAUCUCUAUAGCCUUCACAAAGCCAUCUAUGAGGAUGGAUGCCGAGUGGAAGGAUACUUUGCGUGGUCGUUGCUCGACAACUUCGAGUGGAACAACGGAUAUGAAAUCCGGUUCGGUCUGUUUUACGUUGAUUACAACAACGGUCUCAAACGAUGCCCUAAAAUGUCGGCAAUGUGGUUUAGAGAAAUCCUGAAGAAGAGAAACAAAGGGAUUGAGGAUUCCGAUUUGGAAGGGACACCAAGGAAUGAAGGAUAGGACUGUUAGUGCUUUGGUCGAGGACAAGAUAUUUAAUUUUGUCGACCGGUUCGGGUUAGAAGAGGCUUUCUAAUAAGCUUAGCAAGUACGUACGGUUGGAUUAUUUUCAAUAAUUAUGUGUACUAAUAAUAUCAUAUUGAAUAAGUAUAAUGAGUUAAUUUAGAAUUGUUGAAUAAUUGCUGAUUUUAUGAUGGUUUAAUUUGAUAAUUUUUUAU